ACUUUUGCUGGGAAACAGAUAAGUUUCUUGCUGUUAUAUUCACCAAAAAGAAAAGAAGAAAAAAAAGAACAUAUGGCAUCACCUUCUGAACUAACCCUUGACUGCAAACCACACAGUUAUUCCAUGCUAUUGAAAUCCUAUGGAGAUCAUCAGAUUGAUCAAACCCAGAAGCUUGAACAAGUCCUUUCUCGUCUCGAGGAAGAGCGCCUUAAGAUCGAGGCAUUCAAGCGCGAGCUUCCCCUUUGCAUGCAACUUCUCACCAAUGCUGUGGAGGCUUCAAGAGAGCAACUACAGGCGUAUCAAGCGAAGAAUCAAGGAUCAAGACUAGUGCUUGAAGAAUUCAUACCCCUCAAGAACUCAAGUUCGGAGAACUCAGAGAAAUCAAAUACCAUUUCUGAUAAAGCAAAUUGGAUGACAACUGCACAACUAUGGAGCCAAGGAGCAAAUGAAACCAAACCACAAUCCUUACUUACAAUAUCCUCUAAAGAAACUGAUAUCAGUUUCAAUGUUAGUCCCAAGUUGGCCUUAGAUACCAAGAAGAGAAAUGGAGGAGCUUUCCUUCCAUUCUCCAAAGACAGAAACUCAUGCCCUGGUUCGGCUUUACAGGCUUUCUCUGAUCUAGCUCUUGCUUCUGUCAGUAUAGAUAUGGAAGAUAAGAAAUGCUCAGAGAUGACUGAAAAUGUUAUAUCUUGUCAACGGAGAGAAAACUCUGGUAAAGUUGGCAAAGGUGGAGCUGGGAUUGAGCAAGGCAAAGGAACCGGUAACACAGCUGAUGGGCAAAUAACAUAUACUAACACUGAUACAAACGGUAAUCAACCUCAUCGAAAGGCUAGGCGCUGCUGGUCACCUGAUUUGCAUAGGAGAUUUGUCAAUGCUCUCCAGAUGCUUGGUGGUUCUCAAGUUGCCACACCAAAACAGAUCAGGGAGCUGAUGAAGGUUGAAAGUUUGACUAAUGAUGAAGUGAAAAGCCAUUUGCAGAAAUAUAGGCUCCAUACAAGGAGACCGAGCCCAAGUACACAAGCAGCAGGAGCCCCAACACCCCAGCUUCUAGUCCUAGGUAGCAUUUGGGUCCCACAAGAGUACGCCACUGCCGCAGCUUCCGCUCACAGUGUCGCGCCCACUCUAUAUGGCGCUCACCACCCGGCAGCUCCCCAUGGACCACCUCACUUCUGUGCAUCACCUGUGCACCAAGAAUUCUAUACUGCGGCUGCAGCUGCAAUCCCGGCACCACUUCCACCCCAGCUGCACCACCACCAACUCCACGUGUACAAGGCCACCUCACAGCCCCAUAGCUCACCAGAAUCUGACGUUCCGGGAGUAGGAGACCACUCUGAGAGCAUUGAACGUGGCAAGUCCGAGAGCAGCUGCUGGAAAGCUGAAAGCGGCGACAACGGUGUCGAUGGAGAGAGAAAAGGGUUAGCUGCAUUGAGAGAAGAAGGUGAAGUAGGCAACGAUAGUGACACCAAUCUCAAAUUCUAAGAGAGUUAACAAGAGAGUUUUAGGGGUAGGGUUUAGGUAUUUCAAGUAAUUGUCUACAUAAUCAUAUACCAUUAUUAUCAAUUAUGUUCAAAAUUCCAAAAAUUUUUAUGUUCAAUAUGAAAAGAGG